AUGUCACAAGCACCUGAACCCCUACAGGACCUUUUCUUCAAGUCGUAUAAUGACACCUUUGCGACAACAAUCGUCCUGCUCCAUGGCCUCUUCAGCUGCAACCUCGAAUGGGAGCACGUUAUUCCCCACCUCAGCGAUUACCACCUUAUCGUCCCAGAUCUCCCAAGACACUCCCGGUCAAGAGACAUAGGGCCAUGGUCAAUUGAGCUCGCUGCAGACUCUGUCGCGCAUCUCAUCCGUAAGCAUGCUCACGGUGGACAAGCGCACGUUGUUGGCCUCUCACUAGGCGGCUUCACCACGAUGGAAUUAAUCCGCCGGCACCCAGACCUCGUUAAAUCGGCAUUUGUCACUGGCUCAACCCCAUUCCGACCAUGGCAAGUCUGGGCAGCAGAAAGACCCAGCCUCCUACACUAUGGUCUAAAACUCGUUCUUAACAGUGGUUUCUACGCUCUCAGCGUCUGGAUGAAGGGCCUCAAGGAUCAUACACAGCUAAAGAAGGAAAUCGCUGUCAACAAUGAUUGGAACUUGGUCAAUGACGCUUACGCCGGGCUUGCCAAGUGGCAGCAUCAAGACGUCAAGGGAGUUGCUGAGAAGGACAAGCGCAUAUUGGCAGCUGCUGGAGAUCAAGGUGAUGAUUUCGAUGGUGCCAAGGAAAUGGCUCUGGCGUUUUGCAAGGAAGGGUGCGAGGAUGGAAAGAAGAGUACCGCGGUUCUGAUCAAGGGGGCUAUUCAUGCCUGGAAUCUGCAGUUUCCAGAAUUGUUUGCCCAAGGUAUCAAAGCUUGGGUUGAGGAGAAACCUCUCCCUGAAGAUUUUGUGAACUUGAUUUAG